UUCCAAUCAAGGAGCAAGGCCUUCGAAAAAAGAGUUUGGAAUGACGCCACCGCUUGAGGUCCCGCCGCUACCGAUGUCGCCGAUGCAGUACAUGCCGUCGCAUCGGGACGUUGUGGGUGGUGUACUGGCAGUGGCUGCGUCGGUGGUGUCCAACUUUGGGGUGAACGUGCAGAAAUAUUCUCACACCCAAGAGCAGAAGAGGCCUGUGGCAGACCAGCGACCAUACAUCCUUCGACCAGUGUGGUGGGUGGGUCUCAUCAUGGUCAUCGUGGGCAGCAUUGGCGACUUUGCCGCGUUCGGGUUUGCCACGCAAGCCCUCGUGGCAGCCCUUGGUGGUGGGUCCACGCUCAUCGCGAACGUCAUCAUUGCGAACCAGAUGAACCAGGAGACGUUGUACCGGUCCGACUUGCUUGGCGUGCUGCUUGUCAUUGCUGGCGUCGUGGUCAUCUCCGCCAUCUCCGAGCCCGACGUCACUUAUCCGUUGCCCAUCCUCGAGCAGUUCUUCGCCCGCCCAGAAUUCAUCGUGUACAUUUCAUGUGUCGUGAUAUGUGUGAUCACCAUCUUGGCCAAAAUCAAGGGAUCUCUUGCUCACACGUUGAAAAGCCAAAUCCGAUGGUCACACCAGCGGCAAAAGGACAUCCUCAAGAAAAACGAGCUUCGGUUUCAAGACUUAGAGCGGCGCAUGGAAGCACUGGAAGAAAAGCUGCUGGUUGGUGGUCUUGAUCACGACGGUGGCAGCCACCCUCACGUGGCUGUCCCGCCAUUUCGCCUCAACCAUGCGGACGGCGCGUCGUCGUCACCUCGCAAGCUAGACGCGCCCGCCGCGGACGCCAACCCGUCGGCCGCCAACGUCCCAUUCUACUACGCCACGUGCUCUGGCAUUGUCGGCGCCAUCUCGGUGCUGCUGGCCAAGUGCUCUGUGAUGAUGAUCGCGCUGACCAUCGAAGGCCACAAUCAGUUCAAGAACCCCGUAACGUACUUGUUUGUGGGCGGCAUGGUUGCGUGCAUAUUGGUCCAAACGCAUCUGCUCAACAUGGCCACGUCCUUGGGCGACACCAUGACAGUGUUCCCCGUCUUCCAGGCGUUUUGGAUCUCGUUUAGCGUCGUGGGCGGCAUCGUGUUUUACGAUUCCGAGCGAGCGUUUACAUGGGAUAAGUGGGUCUUGUACCCGCUGGCGCUGGCGCUGAUCUCCCUUGGUGUGUACUGUUUGAUGCAGCAUCCGUCCAAGGGCCACGCCGCGCCCGACAAGCCAACCAAACGCACCAACGGAGACGACGACGACGACAAUGGUGACAACCGCGCGUCACUGUUGGUGCAGUUUGAACUAGAGGCCGUGCCACUGACCAGUGCCGACGACGUCGAUGCGUGCCUUACCACGUCCCCACUGCUGUCGUCGUCGUCGUCGCCAGUGUCAUCCUCGUCAAAAAGCAAGAAAAAGACCAACGGCACCGAUGGUUAUGUUCGUUUAGACAUUUAAUAUGGGUACUACAAAUGGUCAUGAACCGGUUCUAUAAACUAUUUUCAUGUG